GAACGUGGCUUAGCGUUAGGCCAGAGCAAGGAGCUGGGUAGCCAGGCAAAUUCAAAUUUGCCCUAGUUUAAAAAAAAGAAAGAAAAUCGAGCCCAGUCAUAAGUCAGUGGUACAGACUGACGGAGCAUUGAUUUGAAGACAUGGCGGACGACAAGGACCCCUUGAGACCACUGAAGGACCUGGCAGAGCUCAAGGACCAGCUAGAGGACAUUCAGCGGCGUGUGGAGAAGGAAGUACAGGCUGGGAUCCCACAGGGUGGCAGUGUGCUGGCCUCUCCUUUCCUUAAGGGCUUCAUGGCAGGAUAUAUUGUGUCUAGGCUGCGAUCCUCUGCGGUUUUGGGUGUGAUCCUUGGGACUUGUACAGGCAUCUUUGCAGCUCAAAAUUUUGGUGUGCCCAACAUCGAGCAAACCCUGAAAGACUUUUUCAACACUCUAAAAGGACCCGGCAAAUAGCAGCCCUGGUUCUGGGGGAGAAGAUGGAUCACUGAACUAAAAAACCUGCCCCCUAAAAAAGAUGCAUUGAACUACUCCACUCCACAGCCUUCAGUUUUAGAUUGCACAAUGGUACUGAAUUCAGAAAAAUGAUGUUUUGUUUGUGUGGAGAAAUUUAGGAAAAACCAAUAUGGUUGCUUGAAUUAUGCAUCACAUCUUUACAAUCAUCUCUUGCAAUGUGUGCAAUACUCCUCAGGGGCUUAUGUAUUUAAAAAAAUAUAUAUUAACUGGAAAGAUAAUGUUCUUAUUUUAUGCAAUGGGGAUUUUACUGAUGGAAGUGGGUGCUUUAUAGGGGGAGAUUUUCUUUGCCUCAGGACAGCUUUCAAUUUGGUCUUGCUUGUAGAUUAACCAUCCAACCUUGUUAUACCCAAAUUAUAUUUACAACAUCCUGUAGUACCCAUAUGUUAAACAUGACCAUGAGAAUAUUAUGUUAAUAUCUACAGAUCUGUCCCUAGCAAGUUCUCUGCCUAUGUUCUGACUUUUAGGUCACUGUAAACCUGUAUUCACCUGC